GGCUCCGCCCCCGCGCGAUCCGAUUGGCCCGACGGGCAGCGCUGGGGUUGCUGGGGACUGUAGUCGGCCAGGGGCUGUGCCAUGGGCGCUAAGCGGCGCGGGGCGGCGGCACUGCCACCGGGGAAGAAGCGCGGGAAGCGGGAGGCGCGCGCCGAGCUCUGCGCUGCCCUGAGGGACGCGGCGCUGCGGGAGCGGGCAGCGGCGGCCUGGGGCUGCGGGGAGCCGUUGCGGCACGAGACGGCGGUGGUGGUGGAGCCGGCACCGUUCCGGCACGGCGUCAUCCCCGGCUUCCUGGCGGGCCCGGCUUUCGCGGAGGCGCUGCGCGAUGAGCUGCUGGGCCUCGGCUUCCGCAGGCGGCGCAACGACCUCCUCUCGCUACGGCAGUCCGAGGAGCUGGGGGGCAGGCCGGAGCCCCACGUCGCCGCGCUGAGGCAUGCUCUGUGUGAAGAAUUCCGUGCGUGGCUUUCUGCUGUGACCCAGAUAGAGCUGGAGCCAACUAUUGACAUCUCCUGUGCUAAAUAUGAAUAUACCGAUGUCUUGCUGUGCCAUGAUGAUGAGCUGGAAGGUCGGAGAAUUGCUUUCAUCCUGUACCUCGUGCCACCCUGGGAGAAAAGCGAUGGGGGAACACUGGACCUCUAUAGUGCAGACGAACACUUUCAGCCACAGCAGAUCGUCAAGUCAUUAGUGCCUUCGUGGAACACGCUGGUUUUCUUUGAAGUGUCUCCAGUCUCUUUCCACCAGGUGUCAGAAAUUCUGUCCGAGGAGAAGUGCCGCUUGUCAGUGAGCGGCUGGUUUCACGGCCCGUCGAUAGUCAGACCUGCACGCCACAUUGAAGCUGCCUUGCCCAGGAGCCCACACAUCCCCUAUGAUCAUGAAAUCUUGUAUGAGUGGAUCAAUCUAGUUUAUUUGGACAUGGACUCCCAAGUUCAAAUCCAGGAGGAAUUUGAGGAGCGAUCAGAAAUUCUCCUGAAAGAUUUUCUGAAGAAAGAGAAAUACCAACUACUGUGUGAAGCUUUGGAGAACAAAGACAUCCAGUGGAUUAGUCGAGGGCCUGCCAAUAAAAGAUGCUAUGAGACAGCAGGGGAAGACAGCCUCCCUGACGUCCUGAGGAAAUUCCUGCAGUUCUUACGCUCUGAGGCCUUGUUCUUACUGCUUUCCAACUUCACUGGCCUAAAGCUGCAUUUCCUGGCUCCCACUGAUGAGGAUGAAGAUGCUGGGGAAGGAAGAGCAGCAGACGCCGCUGGGCAUGGUAGUCCCAAACUACAGCAGGAAGAGACUGAAGAGCGCACUGAUAGCAGUCCCCAUGGGCCAGACCAGCCUGACAACAUCCCUGAAGCACAAGACAGCAAGGUGCAGAACAGCUCAGGUACACCUGUGUGUGCGGGGCUGCUGAGGCGCUGGACCCAUGGGCACUAUACUCUAGUCCAUGACACCCAAGCAACCGAAUUUGCUCUUGACCUGCUCUUCUUCUGUGGCUGUGAGGACUGGGAUCCGGAAUAUGGUGGCUUUACUUCCUACAUAGCUAAAGGUGAAGAUGAAGAGCUGUUGACGGUGAAUCCAGAGGACAACUGCUUGGCCUUGGUUUACAGAGACAAAGAAACAGUGCAGUUUGUGAAAUACAUCAAUCAUCGUAGCUUGGCACGCCUGAACAAGCAUCCCAACAGAACAGGAUUUUGGGAUUUUGCCUUUGUCUACUAUGAGUGAUGGUGCGGAGUGUGACUGCUGUCACGCAGAGAACAGCGGUGGUGGUGGGCAGCAGGUUUCUGUCCAGGCCCAGGCACACUUCGCUGAUGCUAAAAGAGCUGUACCCUACCACGUCGUGUCCAGGUGACUUUAAACCAUACAACUGGAAAUCCAGGCUUCUCCUGAGUCCACUGUAACAUGCAUUUGGACUGCUUUUAAUGUUACGUCGAGGGGGUCAUUGUCACACAACUCUGUCAGCUUCCCGGCUGUUCUCUCAUGCAGGUAGCACCACCGCAUGCAUUGCUAACCUGUCAGGGUGAAAACUGUAAUUGUACAUUGCCCCAAGCUGAGGGCUGAUUUUAUUUAAAAAAAAAAAAAAAAAAAAAAAAAAAGGAAAUGGGUCAGUUAAAUGCUUCAAACACUGGUUGGGCAAGUUUUGUUACAAAAUGCCCAAGACAUUUUGUGGAGCUUAACUGUUGGUAGAGGCAGAAAUAAAGGAGCUGGGAAAUAUGA